AUGAAGCGUUUGAUAAUAAAAGAAGAAAUAGAUGAAUCAAAAAAUGUUUUUACGUUUAAUACAGAUGAAGAUUUAACAAUAACAUGGUUCGAUGAUAAAAUUGAUGACGAGAUAAAAACUAUGUUAGAACAAUCACAUGAUCAUGUACAAAUUUGUCAUUCAUUUGAUGAAAUAAUUUUAACUAUAGAUAAUAUUAGAAAUGAAAAAAUUAUUUUAAUUGUUGCCGGUCGAUAUUCUCGUGAAACAUUAUUUCGAAUUCAUGAUAACGAUAGAAUUGAUACAAUUUAUAUAUUUUGUUUAAAUAUGUCCUUAUAUCAAGAUCUAAUUGAUGAAAAAAAAUAUUCUAAACUCGUUGUUAUUUAUAUAGAAUAUACAACUUUAUUUAAUAUUUUAAUACAACAAAUUCAUUUAAUAUUAAAACAUUUAUCAAUAUUCAAUUUAUUUAAUCAUACUGAUAAACCAAUACUAGAUUUAGAAUAUGAAUCUAAAAUUGAUAUAUUUGAACAAACAUAUGUAUCAUCUGAUGCUAUACGUUGGUAUACAAAAGAUUCUUUUUUAUAUUGUUUUGUUAAUAAAGCUUUAAGAACUGAAGAUAUUGAAGCAUUAUUUCGUUUAAGAUAUUUUAUUAAAGAUAUUUGUAAAAAUUUAAUAUUAUUAUUUGAUAAAAAUUUUGAAAUAUAUCAAGAUUCACUUGAAGCAAUAAUAGUUUAUCGUGGUUUAACAUUACCAAUUAACAUUAUUGAUCAAUUGAAACAAUCUGUUGGUAAAUAUGUUUCAACAAAUGGAUUUUUAUCUACUACUUUUAAACGAGAUGUUGCAGAAAUGUUUGGUGCAAAUGUUAUUUUCGAAAUAAAAAUUGAAACUGAUUUAAAAAAUAUUAUUUAUGGUUACAUAGCAAAUAUGAGUUAUAAUCCUUCAGAAGAUGAAGUUUUAUUUGAUCUUGAUGCUAUAUUUCAAAUAAUAGAUAUUCAAUAUAAAGAUAAUAAAUAUAUUAUAUCAAUGAUUGCAAUUGAGUAUUUUGAAGAAUUAUAUAAAAAUAAUCUUUCUAAUAAUAAUGAUAAUGUAUUAAAGGAAUAUGAAACAUAUAUACUUACUGGAAAUUUAGCUGAUGCUUAUGCUCAAAAUGAUCAAUAUGAUUUAGGAUUAAAAUAUGCACUUAUUUCUUAUCAAAUACAUAAAAAUUUUCAUAAUAAUUAUUCAGUAUCAAUAGUAGUUAGUUUAUUAAGAAUAAGUUUAAUUUAUUUAAUUAAUGAAGAAAUUCAAUUAGCUUUUGAUUAUAUUCAACAAGCAUUUCAAAGUCUACCAAUGAAUGUUAAUUCUCAAUUACUUGCUCCAAUGUAUUUAUGUCUUAGUAGAUGUUAUUUAAAACAAGAAACUUAUUCUGAAGCUUCAAAAUAUUGUCAAAAAUCAUUAGAAAAAUUUAACUGA